AUGUGCAAAGAGAUCAUGGAUGUAUCCAACCUUUUGAUUUAUGAUGGUAAACUGAGAUGUGGUAACAACGCAGUAGCCUCUCGAAAGCUAGUGAUUCCUCAAUUCAGACAAGGACUUGAUGCAAUGCACGAUGGUAUCGUUUGUAAAGGUUUAUCUGAUUGUUGGCUAGAGCAUGUUUUGGAUCCAAGUCGAAAAGUGGUGUUUGUCGAUAUGGAUGCAUUGGAUGCUCAAGAAAACAGACCGUUUGGCAGUUUUGUUCAGAAUGAUACAGAGGCUUUGUUGGUCCAACAAGCAGCUGAGACUCUUUUGAAUUGUGGUAUUGAUCAAGAACAAUUGGCCAUCAUUUCAGUCUAUCGAUCUCAGUUACGUCUCAUAUCACACAUGUUAAAGACAAGGACAAAGAUUGAGAUUUCUACCAUUGAUAAAUACCAAGGACGUGAUAAAGAAUGCGUUAUCUUAUCACUUGUUCGAAAUAAUACACAGGGCAAUGCUGGCGAUCUAUUGAGAGAUUGGCGCCGACUAAAUGUAGCCAUCACUCGAGCCAAAAGCAAAUUGAUCUUGUUU